AUCCCGAGCUGCAUCAUGGUGUUCGUCUACAUCCGCAUCUACUACGCGGCCAAAGCGCGCGCGCGCCGCGGCAUCCGCAAGCCGCCGCGGCGACCACCGCCCGACGACAAGUGCACCUCCUUCACCACGACGCCCGCCUCUACAUCUGGAGAUUCGGGUACGUCGUUUUCAGGUGCUGGCGGCAGCGGCGCGUCUCCGCAGCGCGGCCUGGUGGUGCAGGGCGGCGUGACGCUGGAGCAAGGGGGUGGCGGGGGCGGCGGGGGCAUCGCCACGAUCGCGCAGCCCGCCUCGGCGCCCGUCGCCAUCCCCAUCGUGACGUGCGACCUCGCGUCCGACCUCAGCAUCAGCGACAACGCGCCCGACAACGGAGACUCCGCGGCCGACGGCGGCCAGGCCUCUGCCACCUGCUACCUGCAGGCGCCCGCCAAGGACACCCUCAGGGUGUCGCGGCUGUCGGCGUGCCGGCUGAGCGGCUCGACGCUGUCGGUGAACGGCGACGUGGUGGCGCGCUGCCGGGCGCCCAGCGUCGGCAUCGACACCGACCUCGUCAGCGAGUUCGACCCCUCCAGCUCGGACUCGGGCGUCAUCAGCCGCUGCGCCGUCGUCAAGCCGCUCAAGCUGCGCCUCUGCGAGCCCAUCUUCGGCGGCCGCAAGUCCAAAGCGGCGGGCAAGAGGCCUGGCGUCGAGGUGAGUAGACCAUCGUCAAGUAUUAGAGAAGCUGAGCGGGAUGUGGUUGCGCCUCAGAAGCCGCGCGACCCCGAGCGCGAGAAGCGCCGCCUGGCCCGGAAGAAGGAGAAGCGCGCCACGCUCAUCCUGGGCCUCAUCAUGGGCUCCUUCAUCGCCUGCUGGCUGCCCUUCUUCUUCCUGUACAUCCUGCUGCCACUGUGUCCCGGCUGCGACAUUCCAGACAGCGCAUUCGCCACCGCCUUCUGGCUCGGCUACACCAACUCAGCUCUCAACCCCGUCAUCUACACCAUCUUCAACAAGGACUUCCGCAGGGCGUUCCGCAGGAUCCUCUUCAAAUGAUGUUUGUUUGUGGUUUGCUGCUGGCUUUGCGCCCGCUGCCGGCGGGGGCGCGAUGCCCAGGGCAAACCCGGUAAAGAUAAGCACCACCACCAACAUCAGCAGCAGCAGCAGCAGCAUCCGCAGCGGAGGUGAUGUGUCGUCGCCCCGGCUGCAGCGUCCACCACUGGGCCCCCUCACGCGUCGCUAAGUGACGGCGGUGGACGUCAAGCGCAAGUUGUACGCCGCCGAUAGUCACAGCCCGGACAUAAAAAGCGACGGCGUCCGAGUCGCUGAGCUGUUCAUGUUCCUAGCGGCAUGGAGGAAACCGCAAGACAAGCUUGGGAUCACAAAACAAAAGAUAAGCCAAGACGAAACACCAUCUUUAUUAUAACGUGACACGCAUACAGCAAUAACUAGGCUAAGGUGUAGUUUUCGUACAAGUUGCCACCCGCCCCAUAUAAAGAGAAACGCCGCUGUAGAGUACGUGUGUACUGGUGAGUGGAGACAUUAAUUUAAAAUGUGGCCUGUAUCGCCUUGACACUGGACGUGUUUGAGCGAUAAUUUCCCGCGAGGAGUUUGCUCUCGCACUGCCAGCUCUGGCAAUCAGGAAAACUUUGUUUCAGUUACAUAGUUUUACUACGCCUGGAAGAAUUAUUCAAGUUAUUCUAAAGAUGGUGUACAAACAUAUUCCUCUAUUACGUUAACAUUCAUGCUGCAAAUACCACAGCCGGAACCAUUAGCUCACUAAAAAACGUUUUCCGAGUCCUCGUGAUCUCAUUCUAAGGCAGAACCAACAGGAAAAAAAUUUCAUUCAUUUACUGUUGUAUCACCUACCUCGGUUGUCCAUGAAAAUGAUAAAAACUACUAUGAAAUUAUUUGUCCUCAGUCACCCCACGACAGUAGCUAGGCAACACGCAGAAACAGAAUUUGUUGUUUUAUGUUUUGUAUACAGUUUUCCCAAUAUUUCAUAAAAUACAUCAGUGAAUGACUAGCAAGUAUCUGAAACACUGAAUCAGGUACAAAAAUCACUAUAAACUUGAAAAACACAGAGCAGAAAUUUUUCACAGUGUCAUCGAGACGUGUGCGAUCAGCUUGUUCUGAUGUUAACUCGCUUAUAACCAAAGUCAAUCAAAGAACAGUGUAUGUACCACAUACCAAGCGUGUUAGCGUGUCAAAGUUACGCACUUAAUUUACAUGCACCCUGUCAGCAGAAGAUGAAACUAUUGCAUGUUUAGAAUUCUACACAUCAUAACGCCAUAAUAACAACAAAUAAUUCAGAGCAUAUUUUUUUAUGAAGUUUAGCAAGUUCUCGCUAUACACUCUUGUUUAGACAGUGAUCGUAUAAAUCUCUUAUUAAGUAUUUCAAUAAGGUGUUAAUUUGUAAGUGACUGUCAUCUGACUCUUAACUUUGCUUCAAGUUUUAGAACUUUUCGGCUGACAACGAGAUGAAAAACAACAUAUUUCUGAAUAAAUAAAGAAGUGUUUGUUAACUAAUGUAAAUGUUAAUACUCUGUAUGAUAACUGCCAUCAUCGUCAACCAUCUCUAUGUCAUCAUAGAACAGAGUAGCCAUCAUUGUGUUCCUCUCCAUUGUUAUAGCACCACAACACUACGAAUUAUGAAACAUUGUUUUAAACACAGUUAAGACAAAUAAGCCUCCUGGAUAAUGUUUUUAAAUUGAACGUUCCAACUGAAUCAGAAACUUCUUCUUUUCGUUAACAGACCAUCUAGGGCUCCAAUAACUUUCUCUUUAUCAUCGUAUGAAGAGUGGAUGAUUGUUAAUUCAGCAGUUGUAAUUUUUUAAUAAUCUUGAAAAUCCCUGAUUUUUAAAUUCAAAUUGCAUGUAGUGCAUACAUUUUAUGGCGAUAAGAAUGAAAGAUGGUUUAUUCUUUUAUCACCACCAAUUGCUAGUACAAUCAUUGAGGACACACUCACAGAAGUGAAUGUAUCUUUUGUACUACGUCCAGUGUGUAAAUGUUUUGACUGAAUACUUAUUGUUGCCUUAAAACGACGUAAUGGGGGACUUAAAGGAUGCUAGUUAUCUCUCUUCCAAAACGACGUUUCGAUAUUUCUUGGCAAAUAUUACCUGUUGUCUCAGUUUCUUUUCGGUAUCGUAUCAUUUACUCCAUACUCAUCCUUUUAUUCAUUAUCAUGACUUUCAUUCUAUGAAAGUAAUGCUUACUUACCGUUUGUUGCAAAUAUGAGUACCCAUUUUUAUUUUUAUUUAUGUUAUUUCACAGUACUUCAUUAGGGAAUUUCUUCACAAGAAACCAAAGGAAGUUUUCUUAUGCAUAAUUAAAGAAAAUCAGUUGAUAACAAGCUAUGCUUGGAGAAUUGAUAACAAUAUGAACAUUCAUUCCAAAUUCUAAAUUCUUUUUCCAAACGAAACAAUAUUCUUAUCUAAAUGAAUGGUAGUGCAGUAUUUGUUAGAUAAGCAAAGCUCAUUUCAUGUUUU